UGUUGGGUAGGGCUAAGGAGUGCUCACUGUGGGAAAUAAUCACAUUGUCAAGGCCGUUGGGGAACAGCAAUCGGUUCGGGGUUGCCCAACAUCAGGGACCUUGCGAACGGGUCCUAAUAUAGGCGUCCUGAGAGAGUUGGAUAUCUCUAUUAAGAAUAUUGGGUCACCGCAUCACAUCAUAACUUUGACUACUACUAAGUGGAAAGAAUCUGGAGAUGAUGAGGGGAUUGUCCAGUCUCUCCCUGAAUAUUGCUCUGUUUUCCCUGAUGUUGAUGACUGCCUCAGCGUCCAAGCUGAAUGUACCUCGACUACGGCUGUCCUACAAAGAUCUCGUGGCCACCAACAGGUCAUCUAUCUUCAGUGGUCACCGUGGGCUCCUCAGUCUUACCUCUGUGUUUCUGGAUGAGUACCACGACAGGCUCUUCCUGGGGGGCAAGGAUGUGCUGUACUCCCUGCGUUUGGACCACACCCACUCAGACUCCAAAGAGAUCUACUGGCCUCCCUUACCUGGAAAUAGAGAGGAGUGUGUACUCAAAGGCAAGGACCCCCAGAGUGAGUGUGCCAAUUAUGUCCGCCUGCUGCAGCCCUACAACCGCACCCACCUGCUGGCCUGUGGCACUGGCGCCUUCCAGCCCUUGUGCGCCUUCGUCAAUGUGGGCCACCGAGGGGAGCAUGUGUUCUCAAUGGACCCAACCAACGUGGAGAAUGGGCGGGGGAAAUGUCCUCAUGACCCCAGCCACCCCUUUGCCAGCACCUUCAUUGGCGGGGAACUGUAUACUGGCCUGACAGCAGAUUUCCUGGGGCGUGAUGCGGUGAUCUUCCGGAGCCUGGGUAGUCGCUCCACCAUGAGAACAGAGACGGACCAGCGCCUGCUGCACGAUCCAAAGUUCGUGGCGGCACACCUCAUCCCUGACAACGACGACCGUGACAAUGACAAAGUGUACUUCUUCUUCACGGAGAAAGCCAUGGAGGCCGGGGAUGGCACGGGGGCCAUUCACAGCCGAGUGGGCCGCGUGUGUGCGAAUGAUGCUGGGGGGCAGCGUGUGCUUGUGAACAAGUGGAGCACCUUCAUCAAGGCCAGGCUGGUGUGCUCUGUACCUGGGCCUCAUGGCAUUGACACACAUUUCGAUGAGCUGGAGGAUGUGUUCCUGCUGAGGACCAAGGAUGAAAAGAACCCAGAUGUAUAUGCUAUUUUCAGCACUAUCAGUAACGUUUUCAAGGGAUAUGCGGUGUGCGUGUACCGCAUGGCAGACAUCCGAGAGGCCUUCAACGGACCGUUUGCACACAAGGAGGGGCCGGACUACCAGUGGGCGGCCUAUGAGGGACGGGUCCCCUACCCCAGGCCUGGGGUGUGCCCCAGUAAGAUCAUUAACCAGCCAGGGCGGCAGUUUGCCAGCACCAAGGACUUCCCAGACACCGUGCUGCAGUUUGCCCGCAGUCACCCUCUGAUGUGGCGACCCAUUUACCCUGCUCUGCGCCAGCCUGUGCUGGUCAAGACCAACGUGCAGUACCGGCUGCAGCAGAUCGUGGUGGACCGUGUGGAGGCCGAGGACGGGCAGUACGACGUCAUGUUCAUCGGAACCGAUAUCGGCACGGUGCUGAAGGUCAUCGCCCUGCGCAGUGGAAACUCCCUGGACACGGAGGAGGUCACCCUGGAGGAGCUGCAGGUCUUCAAGGUACCCACACCCAUCACCUCUAUGGACAUCUCAGUGAAACGGCAAGCCCUGUACGUGGGCUCCCCUGUGGGUGUGGCCCAGGUCAGGCUGCAUCGCUGUGAGACAUAUGGCAAGGCCUGCGCCGAGUGCUGUCUGGCCCGGGACCCCUACUGCGCCUGGGACGGGACGUCCUGUGCUCGCUACACUCCCCACAGCAAGCGCCGCUACCGUCGGCAGGACAUUCUCCACGGCAACCCUGCCUUGCAGUGUGUCGACCAGAACCUCAGCGUAGAGGAGUUGGACAUGAAUGAGGACAAAGUGGUGUACGGCACAGAGAACAACAGCACCUUCCUGGAGUGUGUCCCACGCUCCCCCCAGGCCACCGUCACCUGGCUGGUACAGCGAGACGACCGCAAAGAGGAGGUGAAGACGGACGAGCGCGUGAUGCGGACGGAGCAGGGCCUGCUGUUCCGCCGCCUCUUCCGGCAGGACGAGGGCGUGUACGUGUGCCGGUCGCGGGAGCACGGCUUCUCCCGGACGCUGGCCCGCGUCUCCCUGGAGGUCCUGCAGGGGGAGACACUCGGCGAGCUGCUGGCCCGCGAGGAAGCGGGGGUGGAGUUCGUGGGCAAGGACAAAGGCGGGUACAGGACGGGGCCCCCCUGCCACUCCCACAGGGGCCCCGGCAUCCCGGGCCACAGUCGCUCCUGGUUCAAGGACAUCAUGCAGCUGAUCGGGCCGUCCAACCUGCCCCACGUGGAGGAGUACUGCGAGCGGGUGUGGUGCAGCGACAAACUGCGCCGCAAACACAAGACCAUGAUGGACAAGUACCGGCUAGCGCAGGAGAGUGCCCGCAAGGCCCGAAACAAGGGCUCCGGGGAGAGGAACCGCACCCCGCGGGACGUCAGCGUGCGCGAGUGACAGGACGGGACGAGGGAGGGAUGGAGGGAUGGAGAAGGACCGCGUGUGGAGAGAGUAGAGAGAGAGAGAGGUUAGGAGACAAAAGACUGUGAAGCUGAAUUGUAAUUUAAGACGCCAGGGGAGGGAUGCCGGAGAGAGAGAGGCUGAUGCGUGAGGUCUGGAGGAGAGGAGAGUGGUGUGUGUCUGAGGCUGUAACAGUCUCCGGCGCUGUUCGCUGUUGCUUCGCCAAGUGAUGCGAUUCCAACGUUCCGCUGCAACCUGGACUCCCACCAGCCCUCCCAGACGCCACCCCCCACCCUCGCUCCACGUUGAGACCCGCGCUGUUCUUGCACUCUCUGUCACUCUCUCUCGUUCUUGACGAGUACGAUACUGUAAAUAGGCAGCUGGGUGGCUGUGCCCACAACCCCUCCACGUCACCAACCCUCCCCCCGUUCUCCCCCCCGUGUUUCCCACAGCUGCCUCACUGCACUGACAGUACCCC